AGAGCAAGCCCGUCCCAAGGGAGGCGCAGGACCAUGGAGCCCUCGGCCCUGGGGAAAGCGGGCUCCAAACAGGAGGAGGGAUGCGGGGCACAGCCCACGUGGGGCACCGACCUGGGCCCGGUCCCCAACCUCCGGCGGAGCAACAGCAGCCUCUGCAAGAAGAGGGGACCCCAGUUCCUCUUCGACGGCUCUGAGAAGCAGAAAAGCCUCAGCUCCUGGAUCCCUGAAAACAUCAAGAAGAAAGAGCGUGUGUACUUCGUGGAGAGCCCCAAGCUGUCCGAUGCCGGGAAGGUGGUGUGUGAGUGUGGCUACACACGCGAGCAGCACUUGGAGGAGGCCGUCAGGCCCCACGCCUUCCAGGGCCAGGAGUGGGACCCCAAAAGGCACGUCCAGGAGAGGCCAACGGACGCCUUUGGUGACAUCGUCUUCACGGGCCUGGGCCGGAAGGUGGGAAAGUACGUCCGUGUCUCCCAGGACACGCCCUCCAGCAUAAUCUACCAGCUCAUGACCCAGCACUGGGGCCUGGACGUCCCCAACCUCCUCAUCUCGGUCACUGGCGGAGCCAAGGACUUCAACAUGAAGCCCCGGCUGUAGAGCGUCUUCCGCAGAGGCCUGGUCAAGGUGGCCCAGACCACAGGAGCCUGGAUUAUCACCGGGGGGUCCCACACCGGUGUGAUGAAGCAGGUGGGCGAGGCCGUGCGGGACUCCAGCCUGAGCAGCAGCCACGACAACGGGGAAGUCGUCACCAUUGGCGUUGCGACGUGGGGCACCGUGCACAACCGCGAGGGCCUGGUCCAUCCCACGGGCGGCUUCCCUGCCGAGUACGUCAUGGACGAGGAAGGCCAAGGGCACCUGACCUGCCUGGACAGCAACCACUCCCACUUCAUCCUCGUGGACGACGGGACCCACGGCCGCUAUGGGGUCGAGAUCCCCCUGCGGACGAAGCUGGAGAAGUUCAUAUCGGAGCAGACGAAGGAGAGAGGAGGCGUGGCCAUCAAGAUCCCCAUCGUCUGUGUGGUGCUGGAGGGGGGGCCUGGGACUCUGCACACCAUCUACAACGCCAUCACCCACGGCACCCCCUGCGUGGUCGUGGAGGGCUCGGGCCGUGUGGCCGACGUCAUCGCCCAGGUGGCCAGCCUGCCCAUCUCCGAGAUCACCAUCUCCCUGAUUCAGCAGAAGCUGGCUGUGUUCUUCCAGGAGCUGUUCGAGACCUUCACUGAGGGCAGGAUUGUGGAGUGGACCAAGAAGGUCCAGGACAUCGUCCGGAGGCGGCAGCUGCUGACCAUUUUCCGGGAGGGCAAGGACGGCCAGCAGGACGUGGACGUGGCCAUCCUGCAGGCCUUGCUGAAAGCCUCGCGGAGUCACGACCACUUCGGCCACGAGAACUGGGACCACCAGCUAAAGCUGGCAGUGGCGUGGAACCGCGUGGACAUCGCCCGGAGUGAGCUCUUCACGGACGAGCGUCAGUGGAAGCCUUCAGAGCUGCACCCCAUGAUGGCGGCCGCCCUCAUCUCCAACAAGCCCGAGUUCGUGAAGCUCUUCCUGGAGAACGGGCUGCGGCUGAAGGACUUUGGCACCUGGGACACCCUGCUCUACCUGUACGAGAACCUGGACCCCUCCUGCCUGUUCUACUGCAAGCUGCAGAAGGUGCUGGCGGAGGAGCCGGCCCUGCCGCCGCUGCAGAUGCACCACGUGGCCCAGGUGCUGCGGGAGCUGCUGGGGGACUCGACGCAGCCGCUGUACCCCCGGCCCCGCUCCGGCGAGCGGCCGCGCCUGCUGCUGCCCGUGCCGCACAUCAAGCUCAACGUGCAGGGAGUGAGUCUCCGGUCCCUCUACAAGCGUUCCUCGGGCCAUGUCACCUUCACCAUGGACCCGAUCCGCGAUCUGCUCAUCUGGGCCAUCGUCCAGAACCGCCGGGAGCUGGCAGAAAUCAUCUGGGCUCAGGCCCAGGACUGCACGGCCGCGGCCUUGGCCUGCAGCAAGAUCCUCAAGGAGCUCUCCAAGGAGGAGGAGGACACAGACAGCUCCGAGGAGAUGCUGGCGCUCGCCGACGAGUACGAGCUCAGAGCCAUCGGGGUCUUCACCGAGUGCUACCGGAAGGACGAGGAGAGGGCACAGAAGCUGCUCGUGCGCGUGUCGGAGGCCUGGGGGAAGACCACCUGCCUGCAGCUGGCCCUGGAGGCCAAGGACAUGAAGUUCGUGUCUCACGGGGGCAUCCAGGCCUUCCUGACUAAGGUGUGGUGGGGCCAGCUCUGCGUGGACACCGGGCUCUGGCGGGUGAUCCUGUGCAUGCUGGCCUUCCCGCUGCUCGCCACCGGCCUCGUCUCCUUCAGGGAGAGGCAGCUGCAGGCGGAGCGGGGCCUGGCCCGCGUCCGCGCCUUCUUCAACGCCCCCGUGGUCAUCUUCCACCUGAACACCCUGUCCUACUUCUGCUUCCUCUGCCUCUUCGCCUACGUGCUCAUGGUGGACUUCCAGCCCUCGCCCUCGUGGUGCGAGCGCCUGGUCUACCUCUGGCUGUUCUCCCUGGUCUGCGAGGAGCUGCGGCAGCUGCUCUACGACCCCGGCGAGUGCGGGCUUGUGAAGGUGGCCGUGCUAUACUUCAGCGACUUCUGGAAUAAACUGGACAUUGCUGCCAUCCUGCUGUUCAUAGCAGGGCUAGUCUGCAGGCUGAUGCCGGCGGCGCUGUACCCCGGGCGCAUCGUCCUCUCUCUGGACUUCAUCAUGUUCUGCCUUCGGCUGAUGCACAUCUUCACCAUCAGCAAGACGCUGGGGCCCAAGAUAAUCAUCGUGAAGCGGAUGAUGAAGGACGUCUUCUUCUUCCUCUUCCUGUUGGCCGUGUGGGUCGUGUCCUUCGGGGUGGCCAAGCAGGCCAUCCUCAUCCACAACGAGAGCCGGGUGGACUGGAUCUUCCGGGGGGUCGUAUACCACUCGUACCUCACCAUCUUUGGGCAGAUCCCCACCUACAUCGACGGCGUGAACUUCAGCCUGGACCAGUGCAGCCCCAAUGGCACCGACCCAUACAAGCCCAAGUGCCCGAAGAGCGACGCCACGCGGCACCGGCCCGUCUUCCCCGAGUGGCUGACGGUCAUCCUGCUCUGCCUGUACCUGCUCUUCACCAACAUCCUGCUGCUCAACCUGCUCAUUGCCAUGUUCAAGCCCCCGGCGCUCCGGGCGCCUCAGAACAAGCUGGAGAAGAGCGAGGAGGCGGCACUCCUGUCCUGGGAGACCUACCUGAAGGAGAUCUACCUGCAGAGCCUGCAGAGCCGGCAGCGGCAGAGGCUGGAGCACAGGGUCCAGCACGUCAGCGACAGGGUGGACUGCAUGGCGGACGUGCUGCAGAUGGACCGCCUGAAGCAGCCGGGCUCCGUGGAGCAGAGGCUGGCCUCCCUGGAGGUGCAGGUGGCUCAGAUGGCCAGCGCACUGAGCUGGGUUGUGGAGGCCCUGAGGGGCAGUGGCCUUGGCUCGGAGGAGGGCGCCCCCACCCUAGCACCCCAGAAGGCCUCGGAGGGGCAGGACCCCACGCUGAGCGGCGGACGGCAGGCGGACGACUGGGGUGACAGCCACCACGUCAACGCCCGGCACCUGCUCUACCCCAACGCCCUCGUCACGCGCUUCCCCGUCCCCAACGAGAAGGUGCCCUGGGAGAUAGAGUUUCUCAUCUACGACCCGCCCUUCUACACGGCGGACAGGCAGGACAAGGCUUCGGUGGACCCCACAGGAGACACCCCGGAGUCUCUGUCCGGGAUCACCUACAACGCCGUGGACGGCCCCACCGACCGCCGCAGCUUCCACGGCAGCUACGCGGUCCAGGACGGGCUCCCCCUGAACCCUAUGGGCCGCACGGGGCUGCGGGGGCGCGGGGCCCUUAGCUGCUUCGGACCCAACCACACGCUGCAGCCCGUGGUCACUCGGUGGAAGAGGAACCAGGACGGAGCCAUCUGCAGGAAGAGCAUAAAGAAAAUUCUGGAAGUGCUGGUGGUGAAGCGCCCCCGCUCGGAGAACUGGGCCUUGCCGGGGGGCUCCCGGGACCCAGGGGAGACGCUGCCCCGGAAGCUGAAGCAGGUCCUCCGGAGAGAGUUCUGGCCGGCCUUCGAGAGCCUGCUGGCGCGGGGCAAGGAGGUGUACACGGGCUAUAUGGACGACCCUCGGAACACGGAUAACGCCUGGAUCGAGACGGUGGCCGUCAGCGUCCACUUCCCAGACCAGAGCGACGCGGAGCUGAAGAAGCUGAACAUACACCUGCUCGCCCACGACCCGGGGAUGUCCAUUCGAUGGCAGGUGGUGGACAAGCGCAUCCCGCUGUAUGCCAGCCACAAGGCCGUCCUCCAGAAGGUGGCCACUCUGUUUGGAGCUUACUACUGACCCGUGGGCUCAGGCCGGGCCCUCCGCCAGGGCAG